AUGGGCCUCGCGAGCGGUCCUGGUACCUUCCAGCCCCUGCGCGGCACGAACGCGGACUGGAUGUCAGAGCUCUGCCCCCGGCUCUGGGACGUGCCCCUGCACCACCUGUCCAUCCCAGGCAGCCAUGACACCAUGACCUACUGCCUAAACAAGAAGUCCCCGAUCGCCCACGACCAGCCCAAGCUGCUGCAGCUCCUGGGCAAGAUGGUGCCCUGCGUCACCCGCCCCGUGGUGCUCAAGUGGUCAGCGACUCAGGUGCUGACCGUCACGGAGCAGUUGGACGCAGGGGUCCGGCACCUGGACCUGCGGGUGGCGCACAUGGCGGAGGGCUCCCAGCAGAACCUGCACUUCGUGCACAUGAUCUACACAACGGCGCUGGUGGAGGACACGCUGACGGAGAUCUGCGAGUGGCUGGAGCGCCACCCCCGGGAGGUGGUCAUCCUGGCCUGCAGGAACUUCGAGGGCAUGACAGAUGACCUGCACCAGUACCUGGUCUCCUGCAUCAAGAAUAUCUUUGGGGACCUGCUGUGCCCCCGUGGGGAGGUGCCCACGCUGCGGCAGCUGUGGGCGUGCGGCCACCAGGUCAUCCUCUCCUACGAGGACGAGGGCUCCGUGAGCAGACACCGGGAGCUGUGGCCGGGCAUCCCGUACUGGUGGGGGGACAAGGUGAAGACCGACGACCUCAUCCGCUACCUGGAGUCCAGGAAGAGCAGCGGGCGCCCAGGUGGGUCACGUCUGUUUGUGGCAGGCAUCAACCUCACAGAGAACCUGGCCUACGUGUUGGUGCACCCGGCCAAGUCCCUGAAGACGAUGACGCUGCCCAGCCUCCCGCACCUGGGUGCCUGGGUCCGAGAGCAGUGCCCCGGGCCCGGCUCCCGCUGCACCAACAUCAUCGCGGGCGACUUCAUCGGUGCGGACGGUUUCGUCAGUGAUGUCAUCCGCCUCAACGACAAGCUGCUACGCUGGGCUGUGGCUGCUGAGAAAGGCUCACCAGGCCGCCUCGUUCAGUGGCUCCGAGAGUCCCCGAAUGGCGAAUGGCGUUUGGACGUCUUCAAGGGCCUGCUGACACGUGGCGUGCUCAAGAUUACGCUGGUUGGAUCGGCCGAGGGCAAUGGAACCCUACUGAGAAAGUGA